AUAGAUUUGUUGUAGUCGCCUUGUCGUGGGAACACAAUAUCACAGCCUAAGGACGAAUCCUCAGGCUCCGCAGGUCUCGUGGUUUAUGCCUCGGGUUUGAGGCAGUGUCACUAUUACCUAGAUGUUGUAGUUGGAUGGGGCACAGGUGGUUAAAGAUGUAUGAAAAGCCGAACAACAUCACGUGAGACCUUCUGGAAGGGAAGAUUGGGACACACAGUGUGGUCUCUGAGGGGUGAGGUUGUGGCUGAGCCUUCCAAAAUUUUGAAAGUGGCAGGCAAGAGGAAUGGAGAACAAAUACUCUUCAAACUUGGUAGUAUUAGCACUUUCGGGGGAUUUAAUGGGUUAGUUUCAAACAGAUAAAAUACUGUAAAAAUACAUAGUUUCGAGAAUUUGCUGCCAUGGGAGGUUGUAGACCCAUACAGUCCUUAACAGAUUCUUUAAAAAUGGAUUUGCCAAAUUUAAAUACAUCAGGUUCAUAAACAACAUCCAGAAAUGACUGUGCAAGGAUUUAACCUUGUAACAUCGCUGGUGUAGCAGCUUUGUUAGCUGAAGGAGUAGAGGGAGCAGACCACAGACUGUGGCCAGGGUCCUGUCAUUUCUUCAAACAACAUUUUUUACUGCUGUUGUCCAGACAGAGUAUUGCAUGGUUCCUAGAGGACCUGUGGACUUGAAUUUGUAGGGCAUUUCUUAGCUUAGCUUAUGCUCUUAUCUUCCUAGCUCUGUGUGUUUUCUGUAGAUACACGUGUGUAAAAUAGCACUAUUUCUUAAGAGUAGUUUAGUAACAACUGAAAGGGCUUGAGGAGCUGAGGCUGGCAGGCACAAUUUCCCUUAUAAGCCCACAGUUCCCUGACACAAGCAAUGAGGUUGUGAGCUCCCUUUUUAAAACUUAAUCUAGUCCUCAGAUCAGGGUCCUGUCAUCACAGAUGUGCUAAUGUUCUUUUAAAUUAGUUUGAGAGGGCAUAUGCAGCAGAUAAGCAACCUGGCAAACUGGGGUUUGCAGGCUUCUGGGCUCAGGCUCACUGUUGAGCCCUACAAUGCUGCUUUUGUGCCCUAGUUUUGAGAUAUUUUUGGCUGUAAUGAUUGCUUGCUUUCUCUAAGUAUGGAUUGAGACACAGGAAGUGUUUUGACAAUAAGUAUGCUAUUAUGGGACUAUUAUGUCAGACAUGGUCUCUAUUUUAUGUUAUGAAAGACUAUGCAAACUUUUUUCAUCUAUGAUUAAAAUAAAACAGUAGGUUUCUUCUAAAUAGAAAUGUGCAAUCUGAGCAUUAAUAGAAACACUGUGACUGAGCAAAAUACAGAACAAACCAGGGAAUUCUGCUGCUAUUCAAACAUAACUGAUGUUUGUUUGUUUUCAGUCUGUGAGCAGACAUGCAUAAGAUUCUGUGCUCCCCUCUAAAGGAGCAGGGUGUGGUAUUUUAAUCCCUUUUGAACUUGGUUGCAUCCUGUUGGACCAGGAUAUACUAACAUGGGUGUUGAGUCUUGAAAAACUCUACAUGUAGUGGAAGUGAGCUGGAAGUGAGUAACAAAACACAGUGUGAGUUUCACUGAUCCUACUGAUUUUCAGGGCUUUGGAGAAAUCUGAUUCACAACCGCAGGAAAGGAUAUCUGCUGAUCAUCUGCAGUUUCUGGGAUCACAGUUGCAUCUGUUCCAGUGGGGAUUUCACUGCUGCUGUAGCAUGUGUUAGUAGAACCUCUUGCAUUUGGCUUUGUUGACCCAAGGCAUCCCUUCAUAACCACAUUAUUGACUACUGGAGACCUCUGCAGAACAGAAGGGAACAGUCAGGAAGCAAAGAUGAUCUCCUUCAAGCAACUACCCAUUGAAGCAAAGGCUGCAGUGGCUGCAGGAGUGGUUUUCUUCUCCAUGAUGCUAUCACGGAGUUACCUGGCAGAAAAACUCGAUUUCAGGACACGGCGCUGGCUUCUAAGGCUUCAAAUGGCACUAUUUGCUAAUACACUCAUGUUGAUGGGGUCUCUUCAUGUUUGGAGAAGUACAGUCACCACGUUCACCAGGUCUUCAGCUGCCAACUCCUUCUGUUUCAUGCUGUGGAAAAUAGCUGUGUUCGUGUUUCUAGCUUUGGCUCAUUCAAGCUUCUUUACCUUGCUAUUUCUUGUUGCAGAAGAACCCUAUUUCUUUUCUUUAGCUGCCUACACUUGCUUGGGGGCUUAUAUUAUUCUCAUCUUUUUCCUCUUCACUCUAGGCUCUGUAGAGCAGGCUUACAAGUUCUUGGCUGGGAGAGGUGCUAAGGCAGGCACUGGCAACAAGAACAGAACAGCACUGAAACCAGUUCUGGCAGUCUUACUGACUGUUGUGCUGACUGUUGUUGGGCUGUUAAAUGCUUCCCAGCCUCCUACUGUGAAUUCAGUGGAGAUUCCAGUUCACAAGCUGCCCUCAACAAUGAAUAACCUGAAAGUGGUGUUGCUUUCAGAUAUCCAUCUGGGGCCUACAGUUGGGAAGACCAAACUUGCCAUGAUAGUGAGAAUGGUUAAGGCUUUAAAACCAGAUAUCACCGUGAUUGUUGGGGACCUAUCUGAUGCUGAGGCAAAGAUCAUACGACCUGCUGUUGAGCCUCUUGGAGAACUUGAUUCCCCUUUGGGGACUUACUUUGUCACAGGAAACCAUGAGUACUACACCUCAGAUGUUAGCAACUGGUUUGAGCUGUUAAAAUCAUUUAACAUUCAGCCGUUGCAUAAUGAGAAUGUGAAGAUUGUUUCACCAAAGAGCACUUCUGAUUGGUUCUGUCUGGCUGGCGUGGAUGACAUUGAAGCAGAUGUGUUGCGCUAUUCGGGACAUGGCAUGGAUUUGAAAAAAGCUCUCAGAGGUUGUAGCAGUGAGCAUGCAAUGGUGCUCUUAGCUCAUCAGCCAAUUGCUGCAAAGUGGGCCCUUCAGGAGAGACCAGACAUAAAUUUAAUUCUCUCUGGCCAUACUCAUGGAGGGCAGAUUUUCCCUCUAAAUGCUGGAGCUUAUCUUCUGAAUCCAUUCUUUGUUGGCUUGUACCAAGUUGGGCAGAAUACCUUCGUCUACGUCAGCCCGGGGACGAUGUACUAUGGAAUACCUAUGAGGCUGGGCAGCAGAGCUGAAAUAACAGAGAUUAUUCUGCGUUCUCCUUGAGGAGUUUUCCGUUUGAUAGACUUCUAAUUUUUUUUUUUUUUUGGCCAGUGUAUUGGCUCUUCUGCUAUGAAAGCAAAUCCUUUUUCAGGGAAGCCAGAGAAGAUGUGUUGGGCUUCACAGGCUAUCUUAAGUUUGAGGAGAAAACACUAACUGUAUCUUGGACCUAUGAAGCAAAAUUGGGACAUGUUAAAUUGCUGAAGAAAUUAGAUCUUUGAGGUUCUGCAUUUAAAGAUAACCCUGAUGUCAUGGUGAUAGUAUGUGCAUGUUUAGUAAUACCUGUGUCCUGCAGCUACUUCAUGUUCCGCUGUUUGGUAUCCAUCAGGCAGCUGCCUUAUCAAAUCUCAGGCAGGUGAAGUUCUGAGCUGGUGCAGUGAAGUCACACAUGCAUGUUUUGCAGAAAGGCCUGCAGGAAUGUGCACUGAGUAUGUAAACUCUAGGAGGCUUAUGCUAGAGUUGUUAUGGGAAAGGAAUAGCUUAAUAGUUUAGGUUUUUGGGUUUUUUUAGAUUGAGGCUGGAUAUCUUUAUCCUGCUAGCUGUCUGCAGCAUGCACCAGGGCUUCCAGUCUGUGCUUCUUACUACUACUAUAAGUAGCCAGGCAUCAGUUCUGAAAGUAGCUGUCUUUCUCAGGCAUUUUCCCCAGAACAGGUGGGCAUCCAGUAACUGCUUACUGAAAAUAGCUCUAAUAAUAAAGCAAAUGAGGAAAAUUCCAAAAUUAACUUCUGUUGCUGUCUGAGCCUAUAGUACCUCCUUAUAUGAAGCACUAAUUCCAAAACUGAAAUACUCAGUGUAUUUUGUCUUCAUUCUGUAUUUUUUCUUUCUGCCUGAUUUCUUCUCCAUCAUUUUUCUCUUGCAAGAGUAAGUAGAUGCUAUUGAAAACAAUGCAAAUAAGUUAAUGCUUGAAAUGUGUUAAAGGCUUUAAUAUUUAAAUAAAUUAUGUCCUCUUUUAAUGAGACUAAACUCCAUAGCAGGUGACUUUCCCUAAGAGCAUUUGCAUGUCAGUGUCCUGGUUCUGAUGAGCACAUAGCAGAGUAACCGCUAUAGGACAAUGAGGGAUGGAGGAUUUCUUCCCAUCUUUCAUAGAAGGGCUUAUCAUAAAUUAACAUAAUUAUGGGAAAUUUAAGGUAUUGGAGAAUAAUUGAUACAAACAUUCUUGUUUCUUGAAAGCCAGGAUGUAAAAUAAUGUGUGACUUUUGUCCAGGCCCAUGGAACACUACUUCUGUACAUCUUCUCUCUCCUCCUCUCCCACUUCAUUGUUGCUGCAUGAAACAUCACAAACCAUUGGAGCCUGGAAUUCUGCCUCUCUACUCUACAGCUCUAUCUGCAGGGUUUCCCUUGCUCUGCCCUUCUGGCCACCGGUGCCCAUGUUCCUCUCAGGCAGACCCACAGCAUGGGGCAAAAGAAAGUGGUUCCAUGCUCAGGAGACUGAGGAUGGAAGACCAGAGCUGUGGUGUUCAGUCUUUUCCUGCCUUCCUGUGUGAUCCUGAAUCAACCAUAAACACUUGGUUUUGUUCUGUUCUCAUAGUGAAGGAGAUAGAUGGGGGUGUGUUUGAAAAGUACUGUAGUCAUUGUAAAGUUGAGGGUUUUUGUAAGUUAAAUUUUGAGAUUUGACUUCAUCCACUCCAGACAUCUCCCAGCCAGAGUUUCUAAUUCCUAUGCUGGUUUUGUAUCCUUCUCCUGUGUACAAACAUCUUACAUUUUUUACUCAGGAAUAAUGAGAAAUACUGUAAAUGUGUCACAGAGGCUAAUGGAAUUGUUGGAGAAGUCAGUCCUCCUUCAGUCUGAAAACUGAAUACUUUACUUGCCAUGCUCUCUGCUUGCCAAAUUAAUUAAUUUCUGUUUCCUACCACUUGUAAUUUUAUAAACUUUUUUUUAUGAUUAUGUGAUAAUAUCUGCUUAAGUAUCCUAAAUGUGUUCAAACACUGCCCACUGUCCGUGUGGGAUCUGAGGCUUUUUGCAGUCAGUGACAGUGUCAGAUGGUCUUAUGAGGAAGGAAUUUUGAUAGCCUGAAACCCUCUGAUUACUUGUCAGCAUGCCUUCAGUUAAGAGCUGUGUUCUGGGUUUAGUGGUGCAGAGUAUUCUUGCUUGGCCAGUAGUCCAGGAGGAUUUUUACACUUGUUGCACUGAAUAUUCUUGCCAUGUUAAGGCUAAUUGUUAAGCCAGUUUCCUCAGUGUGAGGCAUUUGUGGGACUGAUUUUAGAUCAUGUCAGUUUCUCAGUGAGUUGCUAGUAUUGUUUACUUUUCUUUUCUGCCCUUUUUAUUUUUUUUCUUUGUUACUUUGCAUGUGCCUCUCUUGGAAGAUAAUUAUGAAUCCUUUCAAAAGCAGAUAUGCAUCCUUUUAGGAGUGGUCAUAUUGUCAUUUCAUAAAUUUAUUGAGUUCUCCUGAUGUAAUUUAGUUCUUGCCCGUUUUUUUUUUAUCUCUCCCUCUGAAAGGUUGUUUGCUUGGUGAUUACUUAUUACUUAAAAUGUUUUAUUUCUGGGCCAAAAGACUUCAAAGCCUUUUCUUAUUUUGCUUCUUAGUUAUGAAUGGAAAAUAUCCUAGAUCAACUUUCUGUUUGAUAAAAGGAAUGAACUGUUUCUGUAAUCUCUCUAAUCAGCAAUCUCUGUCCUUCAAGGUUCUUUUUACAUGUUUUUCAGUUUGAUUUGAACAAUGCAGACCUGUGUUCAGUAUUUCAAAUGAAAAAAAUGACUGUGCUGCUUAUUUUGUAAUUUAAAUUUUUUUUGCAAAUUUUAUGUGUGUGUAUGUAAUAUAUUUAAUCUUGAGAACUAAAUGAAUAUAUAUUUCAUCCCAUAAAAGACCAGUUCAUUGGGGGCUGAGGAGGAGUUAAUGUCAGAAUUAAUAGCAGAAUAUAAUUGUAUCAUCACUUUGUGAAAAUUAUACUUCUUAUAUAAUUACUGUGUAAUGGAUUGGAAUAUAUGUAAAUUGUGGUAUAACAAAUGCUUUAAAUGUUGGGAUUUAAUAAAACUUUAUUCUUAUAAUCAA